GACUUUAUAGCUCAAUGGUGGAGACUUUAUGGUUCAUCAACCCCCAAUUUACAACAACUAGCCAUAAAGAUAUUGAGCUUGACUUGUAGUUCAUCCGGUUGUGAACGUAACUGGAGCGUCUUUGAGCAAAUUCAUACUAAGAGAAGAAAUAGGCUUGAUCAUAAAAAAUUACAUGACUUGGUCUAUGUUAAGUAUAAUCAAGCACUCAUGCGAAGAUACAACCUUAAGGAUGAAGUUGAUCCCAUUAGCCUUAAUGAUAUUGAUGAAUGUAAUGAAUGGCUGGUUGGAGAGAUGGAUGGGGAUGAUGAUGAUGAAGUUGAAGCUCUAGAUGAGAGGGUUUUUGGUGGAAAUGAUCCACUUACUUGGAAUCAAGUUUAUGAUGUUUCAGGGGUUGGAGAGCCUCUAAUGUAUACUAGGCGUAACAAAAGGAAGCAACCUCCAAGUGGGGAAGGAGCAUCGUCUAAAAAAGGCAAAGGAGUGUCUUCUUCAACUAGGAAAGGAAAAGGAAAAGUUGUUGAAGUUGUUGAAGAAGAUUCAGAAGAAAUUAGUGAGGAGUUAGAGGAAGAAUUGCCAAAUAUUAACUUUGACAAAUCAGAAGAUGAAGAAGUUGAAGGCUAUGCCCCUUUGGCAUUCAAUGAAGAGAAUGAUUACAUUGAGGAAGAGGAGGAGGAUGAUUAGAUUAGCAAAAUGCUUCCUGUACUCUUGUUUUUCUAUGUUUUUUGUUGUGUUUUAAUCAAUUAUGUUAUGAGAAAAUGAAUUAUGGUAUUGUUGUUAUGAUAUUUAAGUAUUUAAGUUGAUAUUAUGUUGGUUUUAAUU